UCGACAAGGGCCGUCAUCACUUUGAUAGCAUGAUUCAAGUGCACAAUAUAGAACCGAAUGUCAAACAUUAUGGAUGCAUGGUUGAUCUGCUUGGACGAGCAGGUAUGCUCAAGGAAGCAGAAAAACUUAUUGUAAGUAUGCCUAUGCAACCAGAUGUUGCUACUUGGGGGGCCUUGCUUGGGGCUUGCAAGAAGCAUGGUGAUAAUGAAAUGGGAGAAAGGGUAGGAAGGAAGCUUAUUGAGCUCCAACCCGAUCAUGAUGGGUUCCAUGUAUUACUGUCCAAUAUAUAUGCUUCAAAAGGCAAUUGGAAUGAUGUUAUGGAAAUAAGAGGGAUGAUGAUGAAACAAAGUGUGGUUAAAACCCCUGGUUGCAGCAUGAUUGAAGCCAAUGGUGUUGUUUAUGAAUUUCUUGCCGGGGAUAAGACACACCCUUACAUGAAUCAGAUUGAGAAGAUGUUGGAUGAAGUAGCCAAGAGACUUAAGACAUUGGGUUAUGCCCCAGACACAAACGUUGUUUCCCUUGACAUCGAUGAAGAGGAGAAGGAAACCACUCUCUUUAGACAUAGUGAGAAGCUUGCAAUUGCCUUUGGACUUGUAGCAAUCAGUCCACCAACACCAAUAAGGAUUAUUAAGAACUUGCGAAUAUGUAAUGAUUGUCAUGCAGUGGUAAAGCUCAUUUCUAGAUCUUUUAACCGUGAGAUUGUGGUUAGAGAUCGACAUCGCUUUCACCACUUCAAGCAGGGCUCAUGUUCCUGCAAGGAGUACUGGUAGCAUUUUAUGAUACUAAAGCAACUUGGUAUUGACAAUACACCUCCUGUGGGCAUGUAUUUGGUGAAUUUGGUUUGAGACAUCACGAAGAGGCAACUUGGUGUAUGUGGUGCAAACAUACAGGUUGAAGACGUCACAAAGACGCAUUUCCAGUGGUCAGAUGGAAAAACUGGAUACAGUGAAACUGAUUAUUGAUCCCACCUAAGCUCUGUUUGAUCAAAUAUCAAAUGGCUUAGACAGUUCCAGCACUUCCUCGGCUCCAAUAGCUAUCAUAUGUCAUGGAUGCUACUUUACUUCCCUCAGUUUCUUCCUCUUCCUCAGCCAAUUCCCGAUCGCAUUGACACCUUAAUCUCAAUUUGAUGACAUUAUCUUAGUGGAAGAGGAGAACAUUGUGUAACACCGUUCCUAUGUUAUGUUUAGAAUUUUUUAGGAUUGCAGGUUUGAGCUGAAGGAUAGGGGUAGCUGACUUUCUUCAAGGGGUCAUAUCUUAAAAGGUUGGAGUACAGUCAGUGCUAAAUUAAACAACUAACGGUUAUGUUCCAGUCAUUACUUUCCCCAGAAAGUUAAAAAAUCUCCUCCAUGGAAGAAGCUGGAUCAGGAGCUCUCAAAGCCCUCUAUAAAGUCCUGAGAACCAAAAGUGUGGCACUUCUUUCACCAUGCAUUUCCUUUCCCAAUGUGCACUCUGAUAUGUCAAGACUUCAAAUGUCAAGAAAAUUCUCGUCGAGGAGAACCUAUUUUGUUUAUGUUUCAGAAUCAGUUAAGCCUGUUAAGGUUAUUGAAAUCCUCCGUCAUUGUUUAUCAUGACGACUGUAUUUUUGCAAACGUGGAUGGAUAUUUUGAUGUUGUUGAUGCACACUUUCAGACAGAUGGCCUGAACUACACUUUCGUAUUUUUUUUUAACUAGUAAAUGGAUUUCCAUGGUUGUUCA